AUGGUCACUGACACAACAGAAACUAGUUCCUCAAUAGGAACCAGUGACAUAACAGAAACCAGUUCCACAAUAGGGACCGCUUCCACAACAGAAACCAGUGAGACAAUAGGAGCCGGUUCCAAAAUAAGAACCACUGACAAAACAGAAACCAGUUCCACAAUAGGAACCAGUUCCACAAUAGGAACCGGUGACACAGUAGGAACCAUUGACACAACAGAAGCGUCUUCCUCAACAGUCACCAGUUCCACAAUAGAAACCAGUUCCACCAUAGGAACCACCGAUACAACAGAAACCAGUUCCACAAUAAGAACCAGUGACGCAGUAGGAACCAGUUCCACAAUAGGUACUACUGAUACAACAGAAAUCAGUUCCACAAUAGGAACCAGUGACAGAACAGACGCCAGUUCUAUAGCAGGAACCAGUUCCACAACAGAAACCAGUUCCACAACAGAAACCAGUUCCACAACCGAACCCAGAACCAGUGACAUAACAGAAGCCAGUUCCACAAUAGGAACCAGUUCCACAACUGAAACCAGUCCCACAAGUGGAACUAGUUCCAUAAUUGGAGCUAGUUCCACAAUUGGAACUAGUCCCACAAUAGGAACCAGUUCCACGAUAGGAACCAGUUCCACGAUAGGAACCAGGGGAUCAACAAAAACCAAUUCCAUAAUAGGAACCAGUGUUACAAUAGGAACCAGUGACAGAACAGAAGCCAGCUCCACAAGACAAACCAUUUCCACAAUAAGAACCACUGACACAAUAGAAACCAGUCCCACAAUAAGAAGCAAUUCCUCACUAGGAACCAGUUCUACAAUAGGAACCAGUGACACAACAGGUACCAGUGACACAACAGAAACCAGAUUCACAAUAGGAACCAGUGACACAAUAGGAACCAGUGACACAAUAGGAACCAGUUCCACAAUAGGUACUACUGAUACAACAGAAACCAGUUUCACAAUAGGAACCAGUUCCACAACAGAACCCAGUUCCACAACAGAACCCAGUUCAACAACAGAAACCAGUUCCACAAAAGAACCCAGUUCCACAAUAGAAACCAGCUCCACAAUAGGGACCAGUUCCACAACUGGAACUACUGACACAAUAGGAACUAGUUCCUCAAUAGGAACCAGUGACAUAACAGAAACCAGUUCCACAACAGAAACCAGUUCCUCAAUAGGAACCAGUUCCACAAUAGGAACCAGUUCCACAAUAGGAACCAGUUCCACAAUAGGAACAGGUUCCACAAUAGGAACCGGUGACACAAUAGGAAUCGGUGCCACAACAGAAGCGACUUCCUCAACAGUCACCAGUUCCACAAUAGAAACCAGUUCCACCAUAGGAACCACCGAUACAACAGAAACCAGUUCCACAAUAAGAACCAGUGACACAGUAGGAACCAGUUCCACAAUAGGUACUACUGAUACAACAGAAAUCAGUUCCACAUUAGGAACCAGUGACAGAACAGACGCCAGUUCUAUAGCAGGAACUAGUUCCACAACAGAAACCAGUUCCACAACCGAACCCAGUUCCACAAUAGAAACUAGCUCCACAGUAGGGACCAGAACCAGGGGAUCAACAGAAACCAAUUCCAUAAUAGGAACCAGUGUUACAAUAGGAACCAGUGUUACAAUAGGAACCAGUGACAGAACAGAAGCCAGCUCCACAAGACAAACCAUUUCCACAAUAAGAACCACUGACACAAUAGAAACCAGUCCCACAAUAAGAAGCAAUUCCUCGCUAGGAACCAGUUCCACAAUAGGAACCAGUGACACAACAGGUACCACUGACACAACAGAAACCAGAUUCACAAUAGGAACCAAUGACACAAUAGGAACCAGUGACACAAUAGGAACCAGUUCCACAAUAGGUACUACUGAUACAACAGAGACCAGUUUCACAAUAGGAACCAGUUCCACAACAGAACCCAGUUCAACAACAGAAACCAGUUCCACAAAAGAACCCAGUUCCACAAUAGAAACCAGCUCCACAAUAGGGACCAGUUCCACAACUGGAACUACUGACACAAUAGGAACUAGUUCCACUGUAGGAACCAGUUCCACAACUGGAAGCACUGACACAACAGAAACUAGUUCCAUAAUAGGAACCAGUGGCAUAACAGAAACCAGUUCCACGAUAGGAACCGCUUCCACAACAGAAACCAGUUCCUCAAUAGGAACCAGUUCCACAAUAAGAACCGGUGACACAAUAGGAACCAGUAACACAACAGAAGCCACUUCCUCAACAGAAACCAGUUCCACAAUAGGAGCCAGUGACACAACAGAAACCAGUUCCACAACAGAAACCAGAUACACAAUAGAGUCCAGUACCACAAUAAGUACCACUGACACAACAGAAACCAGUUCAACAUUGGGAACCAGUGACAAAAUAGGAACCAGUUCCACAAUAGGAACCAGUGACAUAAUACAAACCACUACAGUAACGCAGGCCACUUUAGUGACGCCCACUGUGCCUAUGUGUCCUUGUAUUUGUGAAGAUGUGACACAGCAGCCAGCCACCAAGAAGGAGUUGGAAAUUCUUAAAGCUAGCUUAAAAAAAGAGCUUGCCGUAGAUAAAAAGAAACUCUCUAAGACAAUUCGAGCCAAAACCAGUGCACCGGACGAACGACGAUCGGCUCAAGGUAUCGGAGUUUUUGCUGUGAUACUCCUAUCUGCACUUCCUAUCUUCAUCUUUGUAGUAGACCUUCCUCAACUCUAUGCAGACAUGAAGACUUUCUACAGUAAUCUUUCUAGUUUGUGUUCUAACAGGACGCUACGCUAGACUUGCAUCCGUCAAUUUUCUAAACGUAUCUAGUAACUCAUUGCACAAUGUACUUUAUAAAU